CUCGCCUUGGCCAAUGCGCAACUCGGAACACGGCAACUGAAGAAACGGUGCGGUGAGAUUGUCAAUCGCCCAUGUGGGGUCGAGGCUCUCUACCUAUUACCUAUACCACUUGCAUCCAUCCAUUAAUGGGUUCCACGGCCCACGAGGGAGGAAGCCAAAAUGCCUGCAACAAGCAAAGCUCGAGGUCCUUGAUAUCACAGUCUACACACGGCACAGUGCUGCUUUUCCAGCAAGAACUUGCGCGAAUUUACUUCUCCAAUAUAGGUAGGCAGGCAAUUGCCCAUGGAAGGCUGUCAAGCCCGUCCCUUCGGCUGCAACGGAAUCGAUUUAAACGGGUACCGCCUCCAUCUACCACAGCAAGCCCAUCUCUGGUAGGACGAUGGAUAUCAUGCACAAGAGAUUGCGCGAAGUCUCCGAACGGCGAAAUGACGACAAAUCCAGUAUCCAGCCUCGUGCCAGUUCCUGGUCGGUUCUCGUAAAGUAUCGGCUUGCGCUUCUACAUUGUUGUUUUUCUUAUUUGCAGCCUCUGUUUAAUUACAUGAGUUAUGGGAGACGAGGCCUUGCCAACUUGAUCAACACCUGUGUCUCGGCAGCUCUUGAGGGACCAAUCAAACAAAUGCGCAAAAGCUUAGCGCAGGCUAUUGUCUUUCAUAAUACCUAUUGCAUGAGCCAUCGUCAAGCUUCCAAAUAUGCGCCUGUUGCCCUUAGAAUGUGCUUCAGGCUUUAUUGCUUCUGGUGAUCAUAUCGCGAGAAAUAUUCUCUUAGCAGACUCCGAACGGAUGGCGGCUUCGGGCACGCCGCCGCUCUACAAGGACUUCUCAUUCACUCUCAUUUUCACCUUGUUACCUGGGCCUGCUAGGUUCCAUCCGAAGGGAAGAUCCUCCAAAAACCAGCUCCCCACAUCUUUUCCCCGAAUCUCCACAAUUGCAUGCGACACUGUGCAAGCUAAAGCUUUGCUUGACCUGACAUGCAAGGAUCCAGCAACCGAGUCUGAAAUCAAGCCUUAUCGACCCAGUUUCAAUGCCGGGAAGAAGCAUGCAUCCUUUGUUUCCGGUGCAAUCUACGAACUUGCGAGCGACGGUCAUCCAAUAAUCAACGUAUCGGAGAAGACUUUGAGAUGAAAGAGUUUGUUAGCACCAGGGCCCACGAUUAACAUUUGUCGCCACCCUGAAACAAAGUCUCAUCCUGUUGACUUCUAAUGACUCUGAAUAACACAGCAUGUGUUUGCUGCUGCAUGGCAUGGGUCUACCAGCAUCAUGAGAGAGCCCUGGGCUGCCGGCUUAGCGUGGAAAGUGGAGAGUCGAUACAGUAUCCCAUGGCUGACCACUGAAAGCAUACGAAUAGGUGCCACGGCAAGCCUCGAAACUCUCUCGAUGGGCAUCUCAUCAGUUCUCUUUUCCAUGUCCGAUGUGGUUUAUUCACAAGCAGGAUUGUCAGCUGGUACUUGUUGAAUUUAGAGGUCAGAAUUCCAGACCCGGAGUUCGAUUGAAAUCCCGGCUGGAAGUCCCGGGGACGAGGGAUAAAACGGCUAUGCUUGCAAGGUUUCGCGCCCUAGCUGCCGACUUGUGGCCGGGACACCUCGCUAUCACCGGGAUUUCAUCCCAGCGCGACAACCGCUUGCGUGAGUAGUGUGAUGAGGUCAUAGGCCAUUAGUGCGUAGACUUGAAGGAGAGCACUUUUACGAAAGACCUAUCAUGCUUUUCUACGGCUGUACUUGUAAGUGAGAGCCUCUUCACGGCAACGAUUCGCCUUCCUGGGUCGACCUGAAAAUCCUUACCAGCCUGGCGAGGUUUUGCUAUUACUGUUGUGUGAGUACAGCUGUGGCCGGAUAAGCAGACCAAAACAUACACACAUAUACUCCGUGGUUUGAGGCGUCCCAGCAGCCGGGGCCGAGCUUGGCAACCGCCUAAGGAAAUGAAGGCAUCGAGUUCUGAAGAAACACGGAUGCGGUCAGGGUGGUCUGGGGGUUCGACAUGCCUUCUAGCCUUCCAGAAGCGAUAAUGUUGCGAAAUACCGACCCUGCGUACGGCCCAAGCUAGGAACAAAUCCGCGGAAAUAUGGGGUGCGUAAUUAGUGGUAUACCUACAGAGUAUCGUCACCAUGAAACCCAACUCUGAGACUUCGCACCUAGCAACAUCGAAUGGGUUAAUGGCUCUAGGGGGGGUUAGAAAACUUAGGACCUCUAUCUUAGGCGAUAAAAAGAUCUACGCAACUCUAGCUCAAGCUUGGGGGCCCUUUACUGGGUUUAACCUAGCAUUCACUUAUAAAGUCCUGGGCAAGUUUCCUUGCUCCCUAUAAGGUAGCUCUAUGGUGUCAGGCGCCGUUGAGGUCCCCAUGUAUCAUUUGGGGAGCGGUCAGUGUUUCUACUGGGUGAUCAACACUUUGCUCUGGGGUUGACCAAUAUCGAGCACCGGAAUUCCACGCGCAUGUGGUUGUUCUCCGCCUAGUAAACCAUGAUAAACCUGUAGAUUAGUGGUCCUUGUGUUGAUUUGCUUGUUGAUUUCUGUGGGUGACUCCAGAUAGAUGGUAGCGAAUCUUGAUGAUGAGACAACUCUUCAAUGUUCGUUCGUCUUGACGCUAUUUGUAGCGCAGGCAUGUUGAUUUUCUGAUAUGCUCAGCUUUUGGCAAUUACUA